UUUCUUUUUUUCCUCUCUUGCAUCUUAAAUAUUUGCUAUCUAGCUAAAAAUCUUAUAAUAUAAUAUUCUAAAAUUAACUUUUCCUCUGUUUUGAUUUAUUCUUUAAUUUCUUUACUUUUGCUUUGGUAAGGGGUGCGCACAGCGCACACGGCGCACAAUUGGUUUAGUCAAUAUUAAAUAUUAAUUCUCUUACUUUCACUCAUAUUAAUAAUAAUAUUAUUAAUAUUUAUUAAUUAUCAAUAACUUAAAUUUUUUUUUUUGAUCUUUUUUGGAGGAAGUUUAUUUUUAUUAUAUAUAGAUAUUAACAUAUUUUUAACUGCUGCGUAUUGUUGUAGUUGUACUACUACUUUAAAUAAAACUCUCAACAGUAUUUUUUUUUUCUAAUUUUUAAAUAUUUUUUUGAUGCUCGGUGUUUGACGGAACCUUCCGCCGUCGGCUGCCGGGAAAUUCUACUCAGACCAUUUCUGCUUUCCUCCCGUCUCAUAAAUUUUUGUGAGAAAUCUUGUGAUAAUCUAUGUCUGGAUUAAGCCUAAAUCUCGCAUUAAUGGCUGUUUUUGGAAUUUGCCAUUGAAAAAUUUGGAAUCGAGUGUGGUCUGAAUCUGAAGUUAAGAUGGAAUCCUACACGGAGGAAGCUUUAAGAGCUAAAGCCAUUGCGGAAAAGCAGUUUUUGGCGAGAGACUUUGUUGGUGCGAGGAGUUAUGCUGCAAAAGCUCAAAAGCUGUGUCCUGAACUGGAGGGGAUAUCGCAGAUGGUGGCCACAUUUGGAGUCUACAUUGCUUCUGAGGCUAAAGCCAACGGAGAACUCGAUUUCUAUUCAAUUCUUGGACUGGAUCCAUCUGCAGACAGGUCCAAAGUAAAGAAACAGUAUAAGAAGAUGGCAGUACUGCUCCAUCCUGAUAAGAACAGAACAGUUGGAGCUGAUGGAGCAUUCAGACUUGUCUCUGAAGCAUGGACUCUUUUAUCGGAUACCGUUAAAAGAAGCUCCUACGAUCAAAGGAGGAAUUUGUUUGCUGGGUACAGUACUGGGGCUGGCGCCUAUGACAAUUGUUCCAAGUUUCCAGCUCCUCCUUCAAGAAUGGAUUCGUUUUGGACUGUUUGUACCUCCUGUCAUGUUCAGUAUGAAUAUCUCAGGAAGUAUGUGAACAAGAGACUUUCUUGCAAGAACUGCCGUGGAGUCUUCAUAGCCGUUGAGACUGGGUUAGCCCCAAUUAAUGGAGCUUUUCCGUAUAGCAACUACUCUUAUAUGCCAGAGAAUGGGUAUCCUAGUCAUGGUUGUGGGGUUUCGGUUGUACCUAAAACUACGUAUCAUGCACCUAGCGGGCCCACAGGGCAUCAUUCUGGACAUAAGCCUGUUUCUAAUAUAUCAUUUCAGGGUAACUCGUCCGUGGAUUCUGUUGGGGUGUCUACAUCAUCCUUUGUCUUUUAUCAAGCCAGUGGAGAGGCAAGCAUAACCAAGGCAAACGGAGUGUCGUCUGUUGGGCAUAGUGGUCUCAGGGAUGGAUCAAAACCGAAGCGUGGUAGACCGGCAAAGAAGAUAAAAAUGGAUUUUGGAAGCUCAUGUAGUUAUGCACAUGAAGAAACUCGCCCAGCUGUUGCCGCAGAAGCAAAAACGGCCGCUGUGAAUGUAUCAUCAAAGCCUGCUUCCAGGCUUUGCCCGCCAGCUGCCCCCGUAUUUGAUACCCGACAGUUGUUGAUUGAAAGGGCAAGAUCAGAAAUCCGUAGGAAUCUAGAGGAGAUGAGGUUGGCUUCAGAAGCUGCGGCGGCCGAGACUCAGAAGAGAAAUGCUCUAGCUGCAGUAGAUAAAUCCAGUGAGACAGCUAAAGUAUCACAACCGGAACUGAAGAGAAGUGCUUCAAUGUCAAUAACGGUUCCAGAUUCAGACUUCCAUGAUUUUGACAGGGAUAGGUCAGAAGAAUGCUUUAAGCCAAAACAGAUAUGGGCCUUGUACGACGAAGAAGACGGUAUGCCUCGCUUGUACUGUCUUAUUCGUGAAGUCAUCUCAGUGAAUCCUUUUAAGAUCUAUAUUAGCUACUUGAACUCAAAAUCGGACUGUGAAUUUGGGGCAGUAAAUUGGUUGGAUUCUGGAUUCACAAAAUCUUGUGGAAGUUUUAGAGUGUUCCACUCUGAAAUGGUCGAACAAGUGAACAUCUUCUCUCAUGUUCUGAGUAAGGAGAAGGCCGGUAGGGGAGGGUGUGUAAGAAUCUAUCCAAGAUGUGGAGAUAUAUGGGCCGUAUACCGGAACUGGUCACCGGAUUGGAACAGAACGACCCCGGAUGCAGUGAGGCACCAAUAUGAAAUGGUUGAGGUUCUUGGAGACUAUUCUGAAGAUCAGGGUGUGUGGGUUACGCCGCUCGUAAAACUGGAUGCAUACAAGACUGUAUAUCAGAGAAAUGCAAACACUAGUGCCAUUAGAUGGAUUCCUAGGAGAGAGAUGUUGAGAUUCUCACACCAGGUCCCAUCUUGUUCGCUGAAUGUCCAAGGCCAGGCUAACUUGCCCGAGGGUUGCUGGGAUCUCGACCCAGCUGCAACUCCGGACGAGCUUCUUCUUCUUCGAAGAGAGACUGAGCUCGAAGAAGAAAAGUCGAGCCCGACCCCAACUCAGUGCAUAACAUCAAUGGAGGUAUUCCUAGAACAAGUGACAAGUGGUGAAGGAGAAUAUGUAAUAGAAGGCUUGGCUCCAACUAAAACAAUAGCAAAAGUUCUAGAAGAGCUAAGUUAAUGGUUGAUGUACAGAUUUAAACACAGCCUAAGUCUAGAGAAGAACAACCAGUGUUAGUUAUAUGUUGUAUUUAGGAAUUGGUUCACUCAUGCUUUGCUUCUAAACAAAUGCUUUUUGCCUUUCACUAUCAUGUGAUGCAACUCAUUCAAUAUAAGUAGAAGCUCAUGAUUGAUGAUUCCAA